ACUGUCCCUACCACCCGCCCUACCACCACAUAAUCCGAUUAAUCCCCCCCCAAGACCGAACUCCCCCCAAAGAAACAUCCUACCUGACGUCACGUCGACUUCCGUCCUACAACCACAAACAAUUCAUUCAACCACCAAAGAAUAUCAACCCAAACUAUACUAUUUCUCAGCUAAUUCGACUUCAAAAUCACCCUACGCAAUUAUCACUCCAGAUGAACUAGCUGCUUAUACAUACUACCCUAAACUAAUCCCGACUCGAAACUUCAAAAACCAAGCCUCCCUCGCAUCUCCUCCCUCCGAAACCUUUCGCCUGUCAUCUGCAGAAAACACUCGUCAUAGCCCACACCUUAACACACCCGCGACCACACCAUCACCCCCAACCACCACCACCAACGUCACUGCCGUCACCGACGUCCGCCAGAGACACCACAAUAGCCUCAAUCGUCGCUUCACCCCCCCCCCCCCCAUCACGCGCGCGAACAGUCUCUCCUUCCUCCCCCUUCCCUCCCCCACAAUGGAGAAUUCUCCCACAGACACCGCGAAGAAGGAGAUCCCGUCGCCGACUGAGCCUGCCACAACCACCACCAGCAACACCACGCCAAUAAAGACGGACAACGAGACAAUCCCCAACAACGCCGACUCAUCAUCGACCAACGUCGACGGCGACGCCGAAACCACCGACCCGACACUCCUCCCUCCCCCACCGCGCCCAUCGUCAAACUCGGGCACCAGCAAUAACAACAACAGCAACAGCAACAGCGACACCUACUUCGCGCCGAACCAACCCGCGGCAUCACACCUCUCCUUCGAACCCAAUCCCUUCGAACACUCCUUCGCAGGCGGCGGCGGCUCCAACUCGGCAGGCGACUCCCAAACCCCCGGCGGCACCAAGCUCCCACCCGUCGCCUCCAUCACCUCACCCUCCUCCCUCCUCCCCGGCGGCGGCACAACCCCCUACCCCUGGGGCAGCUCCUCGCUGCGCACCGGCCCCCUCUCCCCCGCCAUGCUCUCCGGCCCAACCGGCGAUUACUUCGGCGACACCAACCACCUCCGCGGCGGCUUCACCCCGAACGAGUCCAGCCUGCGAACAGGCCUCACCCCAGGCGGCGGGGGCACCAUGUUCCCCACCCCCAGCCCAAACUCGCAAGCCAUCUUCAACCAGAUCGCCGCCGCCACCCCUGCGACACCAACAGUCGACUUCCACCGCUCCGCCCUCGCCGCCUCGCACCGCAAGCAAUCAGAGGCCGCGACCCCAUCAAACAUCACAUCCCAACCCCAGCGCGACGUCACAAACGGCGACCACGCCGCCACCACACCAGCAAAGCAACUCCAGCAGCAGCAGCGCGAACCCUUCGCCCAACACGACGCCAACGACGCCGCGAACGGGCUCUUCCUACUCGCCUCCCAAUCACGGACUAACUCCGUCGGCCCUGGCGCAUCAGGACAAUACGCAAUGGCGCCCCAGCAGCCCGUGCACGCGCACCCGAGCGGCGGCGGGGCGUCGCAGCCGCGCGAGCUAAGGAAUGGGAGUCGUGGCGGCGGCGGGGUAAGCGAGGGGAGCGAGGAUAGCGAGGAUAGGUCGUCGUCGAGGGUGACGAGGGGGAAGGGAAGGAAGGGUGCGGGCGCGAGGAGGAAGGCGGAGGAGGUGCCGGUGGCGAGUAAGGCGCCGCCGGCGAAGAAGGGGAAGCAUGGCGGUGGUAGCGCGGCGUCGCAGCAUUAUAUGGAGCCGGAGCCGCCGAGUGAGGAGGAGGAUGUUAAGCAGGAGGAGUAUAAUGCGAAUGGGAAGAAGAUGACGGAUGAGGAGAAGAGGAAGAAUUUCUUGGAGAGGAAUCGUGUCGCCGCCCUCAAAUGCCGCCAGCGCAAGAAACAAUGGCUCGCCAACCUCCAACAAAAAGUCGAAAUCUUCAGCUCCGAAAACGACUCCCUCACCAACCAACUCGCCAACCUCCGCGAGGAAGUCAUCCAGCUCAAAACCCGACUCCUAGCACACAAGGACUGUCCCGUCUCCCAAUCCCAGGCUAUGGGUGGGUAUUUGGGGGGUAUUGAGUUUGGAGGGGGGGCGCCGCCGGGGAUGAUGGGGCAGGGGAUGCCGGCGGGGAUGCCGGCGGGGAUGCAAGGGGGGGGGAUGCCAGCGGGGAUGCAGGGUGGGAUGCAGGGGAUGGGGGUGCAGUAUGGGAGUAUGAUGGGGCAGGGGAUGUCGGGGGGGGGGAUGCAGGGGGGUGGGGGACAGCAGCAGCAGGUUAUGGCGCAGGGGGGGGGGGAUAGGCGGUUCUCGUAGGGAGAUGGCCUGAGAUGUCCCUUCCCGUGUGACCCUGGCUGUGGGACGACGAGCGUUUGAUUCGUCCUAGCUGAUGGGAUCUUUAUGGAUGGUGAUGAGAGGGGAUAGAGGGGAGAGAGGGGAGAGAAAGUGGACACGUGCUACGAUAAUGGGUGUUGAACUGGAAACUUUUUAUGCCGGUGGACCUUACUGGCUUGGUUGGGGGGGG